UUUUUUUAAUUUACCACGCAACGUGGUGCAGCGUGCCACGAGUUGCCUGCCGUGCAGGGGGAUCAUGUCCCUGUCCAACCCCUUAUCCCAUGGGUUGUUGAAGGACCUUGGCAAACUCUCGGAGUUGAAACAACGAGGACUGAUUCUUGACCGUCACUUCGAGACGAUAAAGGCACAUGUGAAGGCGGGCAACUCCGUUGCGAAGGAGCGAUGGGACGCAAUCGAGAACGCAUGGGGGCUGGAGCAGACGGGUGUCUUCAACGAAGAAGAGUGGAUCACGCAGAUUGAUGGAGAGGCCCAGGGUAUUACCAGCAGCACCCGUCCGUCGUUUUUAACGCCACAAGAUGCGGGCGGCGCGCGAGGUGCACCGUCUUCGCACCCACCGCCUGCUACUGCUGCGGCUGCCGGGAAGAGAAAGGUCGCAGAUCGGGGGAAGCAAGCCAGGGAUCGAGCUGCCCAAGGUGUUCUAGGUGGCAACAUCAUCAACGCGUUCGCUCGUGGCAGCGGAAAACCGAUUGAGCGGACUCGCGGUGGUGUCACAGAGCAUGUGUCCGGUAUCACCUUCCCACCUCCGGCCCCGGAGCGGCGCAUACCGUGCCCUCACUGUCCCAUGACCUUCGUGAACGAGCAAGGACUUGGGAUCCACGUGAAAACACAGCACAGCAAUGCAAACAUGUCCAACGGCUUGCGGCUGCAGCGGAUGCUAGGGAAGACUCCCAAAGGGUAUGUUCAGCCGUGGGGAGAAGCCGGGCCUGGACGUUGUUGGCACGUGAAGGUCGAUGGUGCGACGGGGGCGGCUUCGUUCGUCCUCCAACGGAAGCGCUUCCGCGAUCUCGACUUGGAAAGCGACGGCUUUACGGACCGCAAAGUCAAGGAGACUCGUGGAGCUGUGAAGCGCAAGCGAUACGAUUUCAGGUUCAAAACCCAUGUUGUGAUCCAGCUGCGCCUCCUCCAGGAAGACGCCGCAGACCUCUUCAAGGAGGAGCAGCUCACGCCUCUCCAGUACUUAGAGGACCGUCUCAAGGUCAACUACAGCCUGAUCGUGAAGUGGGCUCAGGACGAGGCCAAUAUAGUCCAAUCGGCAGCAGAUGACGUGAAGAAGACCCUCCUUGCCAAACAGCAGCCAAAGCGGUGGUUUCCUGAGGAAGAGAAGAAGCUGUCCAAUAUGUUCUUGGCGCGGCGGAGGAGGAAGCUGAAGGUGUCGACCCUGUGGCUGACGGUCACGUUCCGGAAGCUCGUGCAAGAGAAUCACCCUGAGGACCAACGGGCGGCGGCGUUCAGCGCGUCCUUCAGGUGGGCACGAAAAUGGGCAAAGAGGCAUAAGCUGUCCAAACGGCGCAGGAGCAACCUCAAGAACAAGUCUGUUGAAGAGCGCCUACCAAAGAUCCAGCGCUUCCACCGGCGGUUUCGCAAGCUCCUGCAAGAGCCGGUACGGUACAGGGCACCCGAGGCAUCGGACGUGUCGGCAAUGUCGACGGUCGCGGAGGGAGAGUCCAGAGUCCCAAGCGCGUUGCGUGUAGCUAUCUCGANGGCGGCGGCGUUCAGCGCGUCCUUCAGGUGGGCACGAAAAUGGGCAAAGAAGCAUAAGCUGUCCAAACGGCGCAGGAGAAACCUCAAGAACAAGUCUGUUGAAGAGCGCCUACCAAAGAUCCAGCGCUUCCACCGGCGGUUUCGCAAGCUCCUGCAAGAGCCGGUACGGUACAGGGCACCCGNCUUUGCUGGCCUAGAGAAAAGGCAGUGCACCAUGCAAGUCAUCUUUGGUCCGGGUGAGAAGACUAUGCGGAUUUCGGUGAUUUUCCGCGGCCAGGGGAAGCGGAUUUCGCCGGUGGAGAAAGCCGCGUACCACAAGGACGUGGACGUGUUUUUCCAGGAGAAUGCGUGGGCGGACCAAAAGUUCUGCAUGGAGUGGGCCAAGAGGUUGUACCGCGAAGGCCUGAUCCGCGAGCGGGAUGACGUGAAGAAGACCCUCCUUGCCAAACAGCAGCCAAAGCGGUGGUUUCCUGAGGAAGAGAAGAAGCUGUACAAUAUGUUCUUGGCGCGGCGGAGGAGGAAGCUGAAGGUGUCGACCCUGUGGCUGACGGUCACGUUCCGGAAGCUCGUGCAAGAGAAUCACCCUGAGGACCAACGGGCGGCGGCGUUCAGCGCGUCCUUCAGGUGGGCACGAAAAUGGGCAAAGAGGCAUAAGCUGUCCAAACGGUGUAGGAGCAACCUCAAGAGCAAGUCUGUUAAAGAGCGCCUACCAAAGAUCCAGCGCUUCCACCGGCGGUUUCGCAAGCUCCUGCAAGAGCCGGUACGGUACAGGGCACCCGAGGCAUCGGACGUGUCGGCGAUGUCGACGGUCGCGGAGGGAGAGUCCAGAGAUCCCAAGUACGGUCAGUUCCAGCUCUGGGAGCGUUGGAAUGUGGAUCAAGUGCCUUUGCCAUUCGUGAACGGGCUGAUCAGCACGUGGGAGAAGACAGGCGCGUUGCGUGUAGCCAUCUCGCAGCCCUUUGCUGGCCUAGAGAAAAGGAAGUGCACCAUGCAAGUCAUCUUUGGUCCGGGUGAGAAGACUAUGCGGAUUUCGGUGAUUUUCCGAGGCCAGGGGAAGCGGAUUUCGCCGGUGGAGAAAGCCGCGUAUCACAAGGACGUGGACGUGUUUUUCCAGGAGAAUGCGUUGGCGCACCAAAAGUUCUGCAUGGAGUGGGCCAAGAGGUCGUACCGCGAAGGCCUGAUCCGCGGGCGGGGUGAGCUCCCCAAGGCGAGGUCCAUUCUGAUAAUGGACAACUUGCACGCGCAGACCACGGACGAGUUCAAGGGGUAUCUUGCGAAGCAGUGCAACACUAUCGCCUGGCUUGGCCCUGCGGAGUGCACGGACGAGGUGCAGCCAGUUGAUGCAGGAGCCGGACGAUUUCUCAAGGUGGAAGUAGGUAACGAGAUGGACAAGUGGCUCGAUCAGUCGGACAACAUCGAGGGGUAGGAAACCGCGUCGCUGACAGCUUCUGACCGGCGCGUACUGAUCACUCAAUGGACGGGAGCGGCCAUGGCAAAACUCAACAGCAAUCAGGGUACGACAGUAAGUUUGAUUGGCACUACAUAGACUACAGUUAAUUCAUUGUCCUUUUUGUUCAUCUUUUCUUGUGCUGUUUGGGAUAUUGCUGAUAUUCUGUUUCCGCGUCACGUCUACGAACAAAUGGUGUCUUCACUUCAGUUGAGUAACGGCGAUGACACCCGUACGUUCCUUCUCGGUUUCACGGUACCCUUCGUCGCAGACAUGUCUCAUUCCCAGGCCGACGAGCUAGUACCCAAAAAUGAGAAUUGGCGUUUUUCUUCAGAACCAUCGGGUGUAUCACAGAACCAAAAUUAUCCUGCGAAACCCCUUCGCCCCAGCUGUGAGAUGAGCUCAUCAGAACCGCCAUGCUCCACAUCACGCCUUCUCACGGGCGCAAAAAGCGAUUCGUGCUGGUUUCGACCUGAUUUCUCGCGAUGCUGGCUACCUCGGCGAUGCCGAGGACAUACAGCUUGAGCAACAGCUCAUUCGAAAGCUGCUGUAAAGACCUACAGCGCUGUCAACUUUUAUGGGGGGAGUUGCAAAGGCGUGGUUUGCUUUCUAAAAACAAACGCCCAUUCUCAUUUUUGGGUAUGUUCCCAUUUUUCCCGCAAGUCUGUUUCUAG